AUUUGAGGGUUGCUGGUUCUAUAUUGGCUUUGUGGGGGAUGAAGUCCUUAUCUGACCUUUUGGUAAUUGAGGCAUAGCCUAUCUGCAUGUAGGAACAUUGCAGCUGUUUGUGAUUCCAUUGCUUUUGUUGCUGGGGUGGUUUCUCUGUUCAAAUUGCAAAAUCUGGGUCAUAUGGGAUCAUAACGAAGCUGGUUUAUUGGUUGCGUGGCGGGAACCUUUGUAUGAAAAUGCUUCUCUAUUCGACUUGAAUUAACAGUUUUAUGCACAAUCAACAUGGUGUCAAUCCAGCAACCUUGAACCUUAAACUACAUCAAGCAAUUGUUAUCAACAAAGUGAUAGUGAAAUAUGAGAUCAGUUAUGCAUUCCCCCUAAUUCUCAUGCCUGAAUUUAGAUUUUUCUAAGCUUGUUCUAAAGCCAAUUUCGUAUUUAUCGUUCUUGUCGCUGGUCUUUUGAGACUUUACCUCUUUUUAUCCAUAAUAGCCUGUUCGUGAGUAGAUGCACAUUAUCAAUGCAUUACAUCCUCUUAAAGCAGAGGACUUUCUUGUUUUGCUUUAGUUUACGUGCUUAAGUAUCACGUCACGACUCUUACGCUUCCAACCCAGCGAUCACCUACACUACUUCCUCCACUUUAUUCAUGAUUUCUAAUGUCCGUCCAGCUAAAUGCGAAAACAGCAGUUACAUACAACCUCAACUGAUGACAUGAUAUUCGAGAUAGGUCAAGGACUGUUAAAAAGAACUGUUGGACGUCUAUCAAAUCGUUGAACCCUCGGCAUCUUCCGUGCGUGGGUAGUUCUGUGACUGACAAUCAAACAUGGGGAUGUCCAUUCGCAAUCAUUCCCUUUCUACAGUCCUCAAGAAUCAUUCUGUCGGUCAAGGCGAGUGUCUAUCCGCGAUAAUCCGGAUCGAGUACUGAGGUCCUUGGAAACAAGCGUGGAGCACAAACUAGAGAGACCGGUGGAGCGUAGUUUUCUGUCUAUGAAUUCCCAGUCGAUUCUAGGAACAGUCCCCUGUCCCAGGAGGUGGGAGAUGAAAGAUUGAAAAAGGGGAAGUAACCCGAAAUUUUACAGGCUCCUAUGUUCAGGAAACUCAUGUGCCGUGCAAUGCGAUGCCAACCAAAACCAGAACUGCCUCUCACGUUGGUAGGAGUAGUGUAGGACACGUGGAAGCGGUCAUAAUAGCCGUUCCAAGAAUGCUCUCUCUCUGUCUCUCUGUCUCUCUGCCAUUUGUAUCUCGGCUACGUUCUGGUCUGUUCCUGUGCUGUUUCCAUGAAUCUGCGGGGUGCAGUAAUUGACCCCUCUUUUGCCAUUUCUCAUUUUACUGUGAUCUUCCCAGCUCUGUCGAAUCCUAUAUUCGGGAAACUCCUGUUUCUCGAAAGGUUAUCUCAGACGAGGAACUCAUUAAUUGUCCCUUUUUCCAGCCCAUUUUCCUUUCUUUGCCUCGGAUUUUUAUUUCACCGGACAGGGAUGAAGUGAGAGUAAUCAAUGGGAGGUCAUUUACUCCCCUCCACUUCCCCCUAAGUGCACCUACCAUCCCUGUUAAAAAAGACAACCCCAGUUCAAAUUAUCGUUUGCAUUUUGAUUUGAAUAAAGCAGAUCCUGUUCUUUCAUUUGAACAGGGAAAAAAUUAAAAUGCUUUACCCGGUCCCUAAUCAUCUACGGCUUUCAAUGCUCAACUGGGCAUUCCUCCUUUCCAUAACAAUUCGAUUUUUAGAGCGAUCUUUUUAGGAAAACAAUCUGGUGCCUUACGUAAAGCUCUGGGUAGUCGGAAGUGGGCCUACGUAGGUCGGGAGUACCUGACAAUUUUCAGGCGAGAGAGCCAAAAAGCACGGUAUUUAAGAUCCUUGAAACAACCAGGUGAAACAGAAAUUAUUUGUGUUUCUUUAACCAUAUUCAUCCCCAAGAUCUUACAGAGAGUCUCCUGGGUGUUCAACCCAGUUUCAAUGCAACCAGGAAGCUCUCCCAAUCACCACCACCACUCUCCGACCCUCAACGACAUGGAAACUCCCGAUCAUAAGCAAGAACACUCGUCGGUGCUCUCGCUUGCCGCCUCCGAGGGCCGCCCGCACAAGACCGGCAACGGUUAUGUGCCUCUCCUGGUGAUCAGCGCGCUGUGCCUCUUCGUCGGCUCGGUCUCGUCCAGCCUCCUCGCCAAGUACUACUUCAUCCACAAGGGCUCGAGCCGUUGGGUGUCGACAUGGGUUCAGUGUGCUGGCUUCCCUCUCCUAGUCCCUUUUAUUUACGUCCCUUACUUCCUCAAGCGCACCCAGAGACGACCAUUCACUCACUUCACCCGAAAGCUCUGGGUCAUGUCCGUCUUCGUCGGCCUCAUGCUCGGCAUCAACAACCUCCUCUUCUCCUGGGGCACCUCCUACCUCCCCGUCUCCACUUCUUCGCUCCUCCUCUCCACACAACUCUUGUUCAAUCUCAUUCUCUCUGUCCUCAUCGUCAAGCAAAAGAUCACCUUCUCUAACCUCAAUUGCGUCAUCCUCCUGACCUUGAGCUCGGUCCUCCUGGCCUUGUCGGAGAGCCGCGACCGGCCACCAGGCCUGACCCGGGCCAAGUAUUUCAUAGGGUUCCUCUCCACCGUAGGCGCCGGGCUCUUGUUUGCACUAUAUCUCCCCGUCAUGGAGAAGAUAUACAAGAAAGUGUAUUGCUAUGCGAUGGUGAUCGAAAUGCAGCUGGUGAUGGAGAUCGCGGCGACAGCGCUAGCGACGGUGGGGAUGGUGGCAGAUGGUGGUUUUGCGGAGAUGAAGCGAGAGGGGGAGAGGGUGUUCGACAGGGGGGCUAGGGUUUACUGCGCGACGGUGGCGAUGACCGUGGUGUGCUGGCAGAUGUGCUUCAUGGGGACGGCGGGGAUGGUGUUCAUGACGUCGUCGCUAACCGGCGGGGUGUGCAUGACGGCGCUGCUGGCGUUGAACGUGUUGGCCGGGGUGGUGGUCUACCAGGACGACUUCGGGGGCGUGAAGAUCGUGUCCACAGUGCUGUGUAUGUGGGGUUUCUGCUCCUACGUGUAUGGCAUGCACAUGAUGAACACCAAACGCCAAGGAACAGAAAACAAGCCCAGCGUUACUACUGCUAGCACUAGUCCUAGUAACUGUCUUGGUCAAGCCAUGGAGAUGGCUUCUUUGGCUCGGACGCCGGACGUCGCAUCCGGCGGCAGCGUUUAGUGAAACCAAAUGUUGUAUUAUCCCCCUCUAUGAGGUCGAUCCGUGACUGUUUUGCGCCAAUGCUAGGUAAAAUGUAAUUAGCAGUGCGGGUAUUAGCCGGGGACUGAAUUGAGGGAUAAUUAGCUAGCAUGUCAAUAGGCUUAUGAUCUUUGUGGCCACCAUAAUAAAACUUGCAAAAUGUCAAAGUGAGCGUUUCCAGUGCAUGCUUGUCAUCGCUUGCCCUCGCCUCAAUCACCAGUUCCGAACAGUUUCCCCCUCCACUUCCAGUGCCCUGUGACGAUCCUCUUUCCAUCAGCCUGUGAAAAUAUUAUUGCCAGUCCCAAACAACUUCUCAGAUGAUGACAAACUCGAUGCACUACAUCACGAGGAGACACCUUUAUGACUUGGCAAAGCAAUUGCGAAGGAAAAAAAAGUGAGGAGUGAUGUGCGUUU